AUGGCAAUUGCUCUUAAGUUUUCAGUCUCUCUAGUUGCUCUUGCACUCAUGUUUUCUCUUUUCAUGAACUCUUGUUACUGCUUCAAUCCAAAGCUCCUCAAUUUCUCAAUGGCUCAAUUGGAUUCUGAGUGGUCUCCGGCAAAAGCUACUUGGUAUGGUCCUGCUGACGGUGCCGGCAGCGAUGGUGGUGCUUGUGGAUAUGGUGAUGCGGUAGAGCAAGCUCCAUUUUCUUCAUUGGUGUCGGCCGGUGGUUCUGCUUUCUACAAAUCAAACGAAGGAUGUGGUGCUUGUUAUCAGGUAAAAUGCACAUCAAAUGAAGCAUGCUCAGGCAAUCCAGCGACAGUAGUAAUCACAGACCAAUGCCCUGGAUGUGACUCGGCCCAUUUUGACUUAAGUGGGCAUGCUUUCGGAGCCAUGGCUAAGCCUGGCCAGGCUGAUCAACUUCGCAAUGCUGGCGUCCUACAGGUUCAAUAUCAAAAAGUUGCUUGUAACUAUCCGGGCAAGACAGUGACUUUUAAAGUUGAUGCUGGGUCCAACCCAAACUAUUUUGCAACACUAGUUGAAUACGAUGACAAAGACGGUGAGCUUGGUUCAGUAGAAAUCAAACAGGCCUUAGACUCGGCCUCGUGGGUGCCCAUGCAACGAUCAUGGGGUGCAGUCUGGAAACUUGACGCAGGCUCAGCUUUACGUGCACCACUCUCACUCAAGCUAACCUCGCUGGACACAAAGGAGACUAUUGUGGCAAGCAAUGUGAUUCCUGCUGGUUGGCAGCCUGGACAGACUUAUAGGUCCCUUGUCAAUUUUUAGUUACUGUGUUGGUAUUAAUAUAUAUCUAUAAUGUACGUGUGUAAUGUGCUGCCCUGAUCUUCCACAGUGAAGGAGCAGAUUAAUAUUAAAAUCAAUAUAUGAGUCAGUUUGAUUAGUA